AUGAUAAUAGCUUUGGUAUGGACUCUUUUGGCUGCAUCCACCGUAUCCGGGCUUCUGGAGAUCGACAGACAGGAAACGGAGACCAAACGCCUAGCCGAUGACCCAAAUCUCGAAGUAGCGCAAUCUUCAGCCAAUAUUGCAGCCAAGGGUACAUUGAGCCUUGAUGCUGACAAUACGGACAUCCUUCCAAAUGCUCACAACCUACAACGUGAACUCCUCCCUUACAUAGAAGAACGUGCUGUUGAUAUCAAAAAACAACUUCAUAGAGGUACACAAUCAGAGGAACGAAAAAGGGAAGCAGAUGCCAAACACGAACAUACAAUUCAUCUCUGCCAACGAGACUACAAGCAGCCGUGUCCAUUGGGAUUCAAGCACAUUGCAACGAGUGACGGUCAGCAUACCUGCCUGCCUCCGCAGUCGUAUACAGGGCCAUGUAUUGGGCAAGAGCUCGUCUAUAGGUUCAUGCCAGAAGAGGAUAAAAUCAGUUGGUCAAUAAACUGUUUGGCCAACUGGCCCUGUAUGCGCUGCAGAAGACGCUACUCAGAUAUAUGCCCCGAAAAGUGGGAACUUGACAAACACAACACGGCAGGAAAAUUGGUAUGCAAGGCAUCAGACGAGUAUCAGGGACCCUGUAAGGAUGAUAAGAUAUCCUUCAUCGGUUACAACAUAGAAAUGCAGAAACAAUGGUCACAAAGGUGUCAAGCAUGGUGGCCAUGCGAUAGCGGCACCAAACACACAGUUAUGCCAGAUGCGGACCUGCCCAUAACACUGGCAGCUACGUUAUAUCGUAUCACCCAUUAG